AUUUCCUUCUGCUGUCAUUCCUUCCGAAUUCCUUAUUCUGAACUUGAGUUAAUGGAAAUGAUUUUUGUAUUCUUGUUUAAACAUCUUAAUAUUGUGCCAUGUGCAUCUGUUGUAUGUGGCUGCAGCACCAAGCCAGUGGUGGAAGCCUUCUGUGAGGCGGCAUUGCUUGCUCAGCUAAGAGGAGACCAAUGGAGUGAGAUGCAAGAGAAGGGGAGGCCUGAGAUUUUUGUGCUGGUAAGGAAUCCAAGGUCUGCCGCCUAUCAGCUUGCCCUUGCAACCAUUGUAGUGGAACAGCAGGCGGAAGACAUGGAGUUCACGACACAACAGAGUAUCAAUAGUCACUGGCACGUGAGAUGGAGGCUCGCUUGAAAGCAAAAUGUGAUAAGUUAGGUGAUGCCUUUGUAUUGGAUGACAUAGGUAGGCUUCUAGCUAGGUUUUAUUGAUAAAGCAAGAUUUUCUGCAUUUGCGUGUUUUUGUGGAUCGUGACAUGCAACAAACUACUCAUGGAUAGCCUUACAUGUCACCAAAGUGGGUGUUUUUCUAUU